GCGCCGCCUCCCGAGCCCGCAGACGGCAGCGCGGCGGGAUCCCUGCCCGGGGCGAGCAUGCGGACCCGGCUGCCUGCGCCCCUGCCCCUGCCCCUGCCCCUGCUCCUGCUCCUCGCCUCCCUGGGGCGGGGGGCGGCGGGGGCCAGCGAGCUGCGCUACCCUCCCGGCAAGAUCGCUGUUAUCGGGGCUGGUAUUGGGGGCACCUCGGCAGCCUAUUUCUACGCCAGAAAGUUUGGGAAAGACGUACAGAUUGACGUGUUUGAGAAAGGAACGGUGGGGGGGCCGUUGGCGACUAUUAAUGUGGAAGGAAAAGACUAUGAAGCAGGAGGAGCCAUCCUCCAUCCUCUUAACCUGCAUAUGAAGCAUUUCGUCAAGGUGCUAGGACUCUCUGUUCCUGAGAACCAAAAUGGCCUUCUGGGCAUUUACAACGGAGAUGAGUUUGUAUUUGAGGAGAGUAGCUGGUACAUUAUCAAUAUUCUGAAACUUCUCUGGCAUUAUGGAUUCAACCCUGUGCGAAUGAACAUGUGGGUGGAAGAUAUCUUGGACAAGUUUAUGAGAAUCUACCGCUAUCAGUCUCAUGACUACUCCUUCAGCAGCACAGAGGGCUUGCUUCGUGCGCUUGGAGGGAAUGACUUUAUCCAGAUGCUGAAUCGGACCAUUGAUGAGACUAUGCAGAAGGCUGGCUUCUCCCAGAAGUUUAUCUAUGAGGUGGUUACUCCAGUCAUGAGAGUCAAUUACGGCCAAGGCGCCAACAUUAAUGGGUUUGUAGGUGCGGUGUCUAUGGCAAGUGCAGACUCUGGACUUUGGUCAGUAAAAGGUGGCAACAAACUUGUCUGCACUGGCCUUCUUUAUGCUUCCAAAGCACAACUUAUCUCUGGCACGGUUACCUCUAUAGAGGAGAGAACGCGGCCCAAACGCACAGGAGGUACAGUUAAGUUGUAUGAAGUGAGCUACAACUCUGCAUCAGGGUCAACUACAGACAUGUAUGAUAUAGUUCUUAUUGCUACACCAUUGAAUCAUGAAAUGUCCAACAUCACCUUCCGGAAUUUUAACCCGCCCCUUGCACAAUUCUCAGACCAUUACCAUCAGACGGUGGCAACUUUUGUUCAUGGGCGCAUAAACGCAUCCUUCUUCGGCUACAAGGACCCCUCCCACUUUCAUUUAGUUGGCAUUUUCACAACAGAAAAUCCAAAACUAUUUAUCAACAGCAUAGCUGUUGUCUCUCCUGUCCAAAACAUACACGAGGAAGUGAAACAACCCAUGGGACCUGCUGUUUGGAAAGUGUUCUCAAAAGAACCACUCACCAAGGAGCAGAUGAAUUUGCUUUUCUCAUCCUAUGAAUCUGUGAAAGAGAAGAAGUGGCUGGCUUACCCGCACUACAGUCUCCCAAAGAAAUGCCCACCUAUAAUCCUCCAUGAUAGAAUAUACUACCUUAAUGGCAUAGAAUGGGUGGCAAGUGCCAUGGAAAUGAGUGCAAUUGCUGCCAAAAAUGCAGCUCUCCUUUCUUACCAUCACUGGUAUGGAAACGUGAACAUGAUUGACCAGGAGGAUUUAAAUGAGAAACUCAAAACAGAGCUGUGAGUUUUAUCCAGGUAUGAGCGGCAAAUCCCCAUCGCUGAUGGGAGUCUAGAUUGCCCAGUGAUGGCCAGAGGAAAUUGGUGAUGGUAUUGAUCAAAUGCUACGUCCUUCUUGCCCACCUUACUGUUAAAAAUGAAUAUAUGGCAAUAUUUUCCCCUCUAACCUGAUACAGUAAUCGUAAGUGUUACCUAUCACAACAGUGAAGGUGGAGAAAGUCCAGAGAGGUGUAGAGUUUUUAAAUUGCUCCUUCCCCUAUGUGUUCUGAUCCCAGCUCAGGAAAGCACUUAAGCAUGUGCUAAAGCCCAUCCCUAUUCAAGAUAAGCAUUUAAGCAAGUAUUUAAAGUUAAGCAUGUGCUUAAGUACAGUCCUGACUAGGGACCUGUUUAUAUAUAAUUACCUAGUUCCUGAUCUUGCAAACAGGUAAGCAUGUGGUUACGUAUUUGCAGGAUAGAGGCCUUAGUGUCUCCUGUGGUGUGUGUGUGACUGUUUUACACAGCAAGGAGGGAGGAAACUCUUAAAUAGAGGAAAAAGGCAGGUGGAUGUGGAGCCAGGUGUAACACACUUUUAUUUUAAAAAUCAACAUCAGAUUUUGAAAAUAGCGUGUAAGAGGCUGUCUGAUCACAUGUUAUUGGCUCACUUCAUUUCCAACUGCUCACCCAUGUUAAGUUCAGUACAAAUUAAUUCCAUGGUUUCCUAAUAUAGUAUCAGCUUUCCAUGUUAAGCAAUUGCUUUUGUUGCUACCGGGGUCUUAUAUGAAUAGAAAGAGGCAAUGCUCUACCAUCUGAAAGGGUUUGAGAGCUACUAAAUUUGACUUUGCCUCUUUUAAGGAAAAUAAUUUUAAAUUGGUUUUAAAGGGGUUUUUUGUAUUUAGUUUUGAAGUAUGGAGCAGUCUAAGUGCAUGUUCUGUAAUAAUCUUGAUUUUUUUUUUCCUUUAUUCUCCUAUUUUUAUUGUAAUCUUAGCAGCCACAUUAGAUGCCCUUUCCUUUGGGAGACAAUAGUGUUAGGUUCUACAGUAGAGCACCUGAAUAUAAUUUGGAUAACUGUGAAUGUGGCUUCUUCCCAGCUGAGGUUAAUAUACAGCUCUGAAAAAGGCCAUAAGUCACGGGAUCACAAGGAACUGCAAUUGUAUUUUUUAAAGUUUGGUUAUUCAUACAUUAGAAUCUUACUUUUUUUUUUUUUUUGGACAAUCUCAGUACAGAGUAUUGGUUUGACAUAGCAUGUAUUAACAGUACUGUAAUUUAUUUUAAAGCAUGCUUUUCAGGUGAGUGAAUAUAGAGGGAAUUUAAGAGGAAGAGAAAUAAAAUAUUUAUGAGGGCGACAGAAGGAGAAUGGUAGAUGGUAUAAAUUUAAUGCAACAGAAUCCUAACUAGUCAAAGUGGUUGAGAGACACCAGAAACGUUAUGAAAGUCAGCAGUCAAUGAAAUCACAAAGACAUGCCAGCCACGCAGUAAAGAGGAAGACUGGAAUAAUUUGGGGAUUUUACUUUCUAAAUAAUGAGGUGGGGGGGGUGUCUCUUGUUUCUUUUGAUUGCACAACUUGUGUAAAUUAUUUUGCUUGUAGGGCACUGGGGCCAUAUUUUUACACGAGGCUAAUUCUUGAUAAUUUUACAGCUUUCACAGACUGAUCAAGCACAGUAAAUCUAACACGUCUUAAUUAAAUCUUCUUUUGCUUUAAGUACCAGCACUCCAGAGAGAUUAUUAAAUGUUUGCAGAAAUAUGUGGUUGUCAGUGGUCAGUUUUUUUGUUUUUUUUUUUAAUCAGGCUGCUUUAACCAAUUAGUGAGCUGAAGUCCUACAAGUAGUUUAAAGAGUGAUACUCAAUACUCAGCAUAAAUUUUGAUGGGUUUUUACUUGUAAGUCUACCUGCUGUCUAAUUUCAACAGAAAUUCAAGGUACCUAAUGAAGCACUGUUAAUUUGGGGAGGGAUCAUAUUUGAUGGAAACUUUUGCAUUACCUAUAAAAGCUAAGAUGCCUAAAGAGGAAGUAUUUUGUUUUGAGUUUUACUGUGUGAUUUGAUACAACUUCACCUAUCCCCAGGCACUGUCUUGCUGAAAAGACAUCAGCAAGGAGAGAGAAGCCCACCACCACCCCUUUCUUUUUAAAGGUGCUAUAUAAAAAGAAUUUUGUUUUAAAAAAUGGAUGAUGUUUUUAAUUCGGGGCUAUGGUAGUUUGUAAAAUUAAGCUUUACAGAAAUA